GCAGCGCAGAGAGCAGCAGCAGACAGACAGCGGAGUUGGUACGAACAUCUUCGACUUCUAAAUCCAAACCAAAAACACCUCGACUGCUUUUUAGCUGCCCUGCUCCACAGAUAUGCCUCGGACUCAUUGUUUUUUGGUGGAUUUACGUUGGAUUUAGCCUCUGAUCACUCCGGGAAAAGAUGCCUAAAUGUGAAGUAAACCGCGCAGGAGAAAGUGUGCCUUCUUUGGAGCUGAACGGGUCGUGUGCCACAACAUAAAACUCGGAGCGCAUCAAGGCCAGCAGCAGCCUGUAGCACCAGUUAGCUCAUCAGCUAACGCUAACGUUACAGGUGUUUAGGCAGCAAAUAACCAAACAUAACUUGUAGCUGUAGUUAGCUGGCAACAAGCUGAGCUCCCAUGUCGUGACCUAACGCUGAACUUAAUGUGCCUAUUAUAAGCUUUUUAGCAAGCGCCAAGUAGCAAGUAUAACACUUAGCAACAUUGUUAUUAGCCAUUAGCUUUUUAGUUAGCCGCUGUCCCGUGUUUACAGCAGCAGCAGGUUAGCCUCACUAGCCACCAAGCUAGCGAGUUAACUUUAUAGCUACAUGUGCUUAUUAUUCGUUGUAGCUGAUUUUUCGCAUGUUAACCCGACUCGACUCCGGACAGGCAGUGUAGUUUAGUGAUACUCUUCAUAUUUGCAAACGAGACAGUUGGACUUUUUCCACCGUGCCUGCCCUGGACUGACCCACCCACAAGGACUAUCAAUCCGGGGCCGAUGCUGACAGUUCAGCCCGGAUCACGGCAACGCCAGGAGCCGCUACAGCAAUGCAGCCCCAGCAGAUAUACGACUUUUCAAGUGACGAGAACAGUCACAAAUGGAGAGGCCUCUUCGUGCAAGCUUUACGGAAGGUACAGAAGCAGGUCCACCCAAACCUCUUGGCGAAGGAGGAUGCCCUGCAGCACAUCGAGGAGCUGAUCUUACAGCUGCUCAACAUGCUGUGUGUGGCCCAACCUCGCUCGGUGCAGGAUGUGGAGGAACGCGUCCAGAAAACCUUUCCCCACCCGAUAGAUAAGUGGGCCAUUGCCGACGCCCAGUCAGCUAUUGAGAAACGCAAGAGGAGAAACCCCUUACUUCUCCCCGUGGACAAGAUCCACCCACUGCUUAAGGAGGUUUUGGGCUAUAAAGUGGACUACCAUGUUUCCCUGUACAUUGUGGCUGUGCUUGAAUACAUAUCAGCAGACAUACUGAAACUGGCGGGCAACUAUGUCGGCAACAUUCGGCACUAUGAAAUCAGCCAGCAGGACAUAAAGGUGUCUAUGUGUGCAGACAAGGUGUUGAUGGACAUGUUUGACCAGGAAGAGGACAUCGGCUUGAUGUCUCAGUGCACAGAGGAGCCGUCGUCGUCUGGGGAGCUCACGUACGACGACCUGGUGAGGCUUGAAAUCGCAGAGGAGCGGCAGUACCUGCGAGAGCUCGACCUCAUCAUUAAAGUGUUCCGCCAGCACUUCCUGUCCAACCCCAAAAUCUUCACGCCUCAGGAUGUUGAGGUGAUCUUCAGUAACAUCCUAGACAUCCACGAACUGACGGUGAAGCUGCUCGGACUGAUCGAGGAUGCCGUGGAGAUGACAGCGGAUGGCAGCCCUCAUCCGCUGGUGGGCAGCUGCUUUGAAGAUCUAGCAGAGGAGCAGGCGUUUGACCCCUACGAGACCUUGUCUCAGGAUAUCCUCAGUAGGGAUUUCCACGAGCACUUCAACAACCUGAUGGCACGGUCCACCGCCGGCCUCUACUUUCAGUCAGUUGCAGAAGGCUUCAAAGAAGCAGUCCAGUAUGUCCUUCCACAGCUGAUGAUGGUCCCAGUAUACCACUGCAUGCACUACUUUGAGUUGCUACAGCAACUUCAGGAGCGCAGUCAAGACCAAGAUGACCGAGAAUGUCUGAAACAGGCGAUCACAGCGCUGCUUAACCUUCAGUGUAGCGUGGAGCGCAUCUAUGCCAAGCACCAGCCUCGCCGUAAACCUGGUGAGCCCAUGUACCGCCUGUACAGCAGGCAGGUCCGUAGCAAACAACUAGCCAUCAAACGCAUGAACGAGAUUCAGAAGAGCAUCGACGGCUGGGAGGGAAAAGACAUCGGUCAGUGCUGCAGCGAGUUCAUCCUGGAGGGUCCACUUUUACGAGCCGGCGCCAAGCACGAGAGACACAACUUCCUGUUUGACGGCCUGAUGAUAAGUUGCAAGGCCAAUCAGAGUUCACGGCUCCCGGGUUCGGGCAGCGGGGCGGAGUACCGUCUGAAGGAGAAGUUUGUCCUGCGGAAGAUCCGCAUUGUGGAUCGCGAGGACUCGGCAGAGCUGCGGCAUGCCUUUGAACUGAUAGGAAAAGAUGAGAACUGUGCCGUUUUCUGUGCACGGACAGCAGAGGAGAAGGCAGCGUGGAUGGCGGGGCUGGUCACUCUGCAGUACCGGUCCACUUUGGAUCGCAUGUUGGACACAGUUCUGCAGCACGAGGAACAGGCGCAUCCUCUAAGACUGCCCUCCCCGGAGGUUUACCGCUUUGCUGUGCAGGACUCGGAGGAGAAUAUUGUGUUUGAGGACAAAGUGCAGAGCAAAACCGGCAUCCCCAUCAUUAAGGCUGGUACAGUGGUCAAGCUCAUAGAGAGGCUCACCUACCAUAUGUAUGCUGAUCCUAACUUUGUGCGCACGUUUCUUACCACAUACCGAUCAUUCUGCAAACCAAAAGAGCUUCUCGCCCUGCUGAUAGGCAGGAUUGAGAUCCCUGAGCCAGAACCGACUGAGGAGGACCGACAGGCUCUCUGGAACGGCGACCAGCCAAUGGCGGCCGAGCUCCAGAGAUUCCGGAAGGAAUACGUGCAGCCAGUCCAACUCAGGGUUCUCAACGUUUUCCGUCAAUGGGUCGAACAUCAUUUCUACGACUUUGAGAACGAUCCAGAGCUGAGAAGUCAAUUAGAGGAGUACAUCACCAGCAAAAUUCAGCUGCGCGGCAAGUCUAUGAGAAAGUGGGUUGAGUCCAUCAAUAAGAUCAUCAAGAGGAAGAUGCAGACGCAGUCCAACGGCAUUAGCCACAACAUCACCUUCGAGAGCCCGCCUCCUCUUAUCGAGUGGCACAUCUGCAGAUCGGGCCAAAUGGAAAUGUUCGACCUCAUGACCCUUCAUCCUAUUGAGAUCGCCCGCCAGCUGACUCUGCUCGAAUCAGAGCUCUACAGAGCUGUCCGGCCGUCCGAGCUGGUCGGCAGCGUCUGGACCAAAGAGGACAAAGAGAAGAACUCCCCUAACUUGCUCCGCAUGAUUCGCCACACCACCAACCUCACACUGUGGUUUGAGAAGUGUAUUGUAGAGACAAUGAACCUGGAAGAGAGGGUGGCAGUUUUAUCACGGGUCAUAGAGAUUCUGCAGGUUUUCCAGGAGCUCAACAACUUCAACGGUGUACUGGAGGUGGUCAGCGCCAUCAACUCUGUCCCAGUGUACAGGCUCGACCACACCUUUGAGGCAAUACCAGAGAGGAAAAAGAAAAUCCUGGAAGAAGCUGUGGAGCUGAGCCAGGACCACUUUAAGAAAUACUUGGCCAAACUCAAGUCAAUAAACCCACCCUGUGUGCCUUUCUUUGGUAUCUAUUUAACCAACAUCCUGAAGACAGAGGAAGGCAACCCAGACCACCUCAAACGCCACGGCAAGGAGCUGAUUAACUUCAGCAAAAGGAGGAAAGUGGCUGAAAUCACAGGAGAGAUCCAGCAGUACCAGAACCAGCCCUACUGUCUGAAGGUGGAGCACGAAAUCAGGAAGUUCUUCGAGAACCUGAACCCAAUGGGCAACAGGAGUGAGAAGGAGUUUAACGACUACCUGUUCAAAAUGUCUCUGGAUAUUGAGCCACGGAACUGCAAGCAGGCGCCCCGAUUUCCCAGGAAGACCAUGUACAAUCUGAAAUCCCCGGGGAUUCGGCCUGUGCGAACGUCUACCUCUGGCACCCUGAAGGGCCACCCCGUCCCCCUGGAGAGGGAGCCCCCACAUAAGAUCACCUUCCGGAGUAUCGCCGAGACCGAGCCGGAGCCCCCGGCGUCGGCCUCGGUGCCCACCUCCCCAAACACGCCGACCCCUCCGCAGUCAGCUUCCUCCGACCUCAGCUCAGUCUUCAUGGACCACGACUUCAGCAGCUCCUAUGGCGGUAGCAACUCCAUAUUUGCUCCUGUUCUUCUGCCGCCUUCAAAGUUCCAGUCUGUGUCUUGCGGCAGCCUCCACCAGCUCGGGGAGGAGCUGCAGAAGCCGCCUCCUCUGCCGCCACGAAGGAAAGACGCAAUGUCUGAAGCCAAACUGAGCUCCGACAGCCCCCCAGCCAUCCCUCCCCGGCUGCCCCCUCCUCUGCCCAGGAACCAGCCUCGACCGCACGUCUACAACGGCCCCCCCAUGGACGGCCCACUGCCCAGCCCUCCUCCUCCGCCACCCCGCGACCCUCUGCCCGACACGCCUCCCCCGGUGCCCCAGCGGCCCCCGGAGAUCUUCAUCAACUACCCACUCAACAUGCAGCCUUCCCCCGUGGGCCGAUACCACUGGGACUUUGGCAGCUCACCCAGCUCCCCCAACACCCCGCCCAGCACGCCUUCACCCCGCAUCCCACGGCGGAGCUGCCCGCUCAGCGCCAGCCAGAACAGCCUCUACCCUCUUCCUAUUCCCAUCACUGCUCCACCUGUCCCCCCACGCCACAACUCUAGCCCACAACUCCCCAAACUCCCACCAAAGACAUAUAAAAGGGAGCUACUGCAGCCACCGCUACAAGGCCUCUCAUUGGUGGAGAACACCGACAGCAGCCAGUGAGUCUGCAUUUUUUUUAACACCUAGAGGUGAUCUUGAAAUGCAAACUUCAAACUGUAUCCUGCAAACUACGACACAGUGGACUCAAAGCUACUGAUCAGAAAGAAUAACACUGCUCCACACGCUCUUAACUCCACCCACCCGCCCUCUGCAUCAACCAAUCACACCCCCGCUGUGCCUCUCAGGGGAUCAGUAGCUCCGCCUUCAUCAUAAACCCUCUGUGCCAAUGAGAAACCCUCACCGGUGUGCCAGCUAAUAAACAACAAGGAGUCAAGUGUCUGUGUCUGUUUGUUAUGCACGGAGUCUGCUCCUGAUAAAAGUUCUCACCCCAUCACACUCUUAACUUACACUUACCCCACGUCCCACUCCUCUGUCGGGGUGGGAUGAAUGUGGGGGGGCCUUUGGACUUUGUAGCCUCAAAUGUCAUGCUUUGUUUCUUUGGGCAUUGACAUCAUCUGGAGUCCUGCUACAGCUCACAGAUUUUUAAGACCUCUCUCCUAGACUUGUGUUUCAAACUAACUGAUAAACAGUUGCCAAAGUCUUAUAGAAUGCAGGGGGAUAAGGGAUUUUUUUUUUUUUAAAACAAAUGUGACCUUAAAAGAAACGGAUUAAGGAGGCGACACUGAAACCCCCACCUUGUAUCUCAACUGUACACUGUGACUGUAUAGACGUGAGUCAAACUGUCUGACUGUUUUUUUAUUUGAAGACAAGCCUCUCCACAGCCACAAAACGUUGCCUUUAAAAAUCCAUCAGCGGUGACCUCUGACCCCCCGGCUCCAGUCCUCUCGACCCAGAUGGGGCAACGAGAGCCGAGAACACUCCAUUUGCACAUCGAGUUUUGGCAAGGUCAGUCGAUUUCGAUCCGAUAUUAAAAAUAUUUCUCUGCACUGGCAGAGGGAGGUCUGCUACGAUCUCAAACGGCACCGAUCCAGGACAAAGACGAGGAGAGAAAAGAGAGCGACACGCUUUUUCUCUCUCCAACUCUCCUAAAGCUGAUGUCUUAACCGAUCCCCUUAUAGACAUGCGCUGCUGUCUUGACACUGUGCUCUUCUUCACAAGAUCCAAUGACCCAACUCUUCUUCGUUGGUAUUAAAACUCAGCACUGGAAGCAGCAACUUCCUACCAGAGCUGGGUCAGCUCCCUGCAGUGGUGGCUCAAAAUACCUAAAACCCCAUGAAAAAGAGGAACUUUUUAAACUCAACUUCUUCUUUCUGUCUCUUUUUCUGCUUGAAAACAUUUUGUUUCACUUUGGAAAGACUGAAAUAAUCCAUACAUCAUGCUCAGAUGUGCCUUUUAUUUUGUUUUCUACUUUACAGAAAUAAGCGAAUGGUGUCUCAAAUGCUAAAAAAUAAAGUUGCCUAUGUAAUGUUUAGAACAAAGCUAUACACUAUGAAAUUGUACAUGUUUGUGGAUACUGUGUAUAUAUAACAUGUAUACACUAACUAAAUAAUUUGUAUAAAGUGACAAUUUUUUUUCCCCGUUGUAUUGUACCCUCAUCCGCAUCUGUUCAGUCAAAUAUUGCCCAAUAAUCCAAUGCUGCUACAGUCGGAUAAAAAAAACAAAAAAAACAAAAACAAAACCAGAAAAAAACAGGUCACUGUCACUAACUUACUUACAGACAAUCUCCAGUUGAAACACUGGGAGUAUUAACUGAGGAAAGCCAUUUUUCUUCCCUCCCCCUUAGCUGUUUUAAAGCAAUGAAGAAGAAAAAAAAAAAAAAAAAUACAGUUCAAUAUGCCAAGCACUUACUUAGCCGUGUGCUUCACUUUGUACAUCCUACUAAUUGCCUAUUCUCCUUUUCAAAGAUUUUUAAUGCUAACACUCAUUAAACCGAGGUUGGAAUUGUAUUAAAGUUGCAGUUGAACAUACACAAACUUAUAUUCAGUUGCAAGUAUUUGAGCAUAGUAAAGAAUUGGACAUUCUUUCUGAGAAACACACUUUGUGCACUUUAGGCUGUACUGUUGAAGAGCCCCAGUUGUUAUAGGUCAUGUUUGUAAAUUCAGUGGCCCCAUGCAACUGUUGAAACUCACUUUCUACAUGGAUCAGGGCAGAUAAACAAAAGUCGACCACGUCCCUUUUAUCCCCAUGAUGUGUUUAAAAGACACUAACACCUGAGGAUGUCUGACCACCAUGAGCUGAAUUUCAGCAUAAUUUCAAAAUAUCACUCAUGCCCCUUGUUCUUGCUGUGUUCUGUGCACAUGAUGAUGGAUGAUUAAACUUCUGAUCAAACUAGAGCUAAAAUGGGAGUUCUGGAGGAUGACCGCUGAAGUCAAAUCCCUUCACGGUCUUCACCCAGUGACUUUAAAAAGAAGGUCUUCACUCGCCAUUUCCCAGUUUUCCAAGUUUCCGUAGUGGUGGGGUUAAUUUCGCCAAAUUUGACUUUUUGUUUUCUAUGUUUGUUUGUUUUUUGUUUUUAAACCCCAGCCAAGACAGAAUAACAGAUUGGUUUUUCUCCGGUGGCACUGUAACAGCUUGAUCCAGCAGUCGGUUUAUUUGAUGGUAUGUGGCCUUUUAACUGCUUUGUAUUAAUGGUCUUGAUGAGAUUAAUAAAUCACCCAGUCUUAUUUUGUACUGAACUAUUCAA